ACACAAAAACUCUAUUGUGGUACAUUUUUAGUAAACGUACAAACACAUUAUUCUGUAAUGGGUAAUAUCUUGGGACGCAAGAAAACUGUGAAAAUCAUGAAGAUCAAUGGCAAGAGUUUCAAGCUGAAAACUCCAGUGAAAGCUGGUACGGUUGUUAAAGAUUUUCCAGGUCACGUUCUCUUCGAAUCUGAAUCCGUGAAGCGUUUCGGUAUCAGAGCAAAGCCUUUGGAUCCUAAACAAUACUUGCAAUCCAAAAGGAUUUAUUUUAUGGUUGAACUUCCCAGUACCGGCUCUGAUCGAAACCCACGUGGCAGAAGAUGGAAAAAGAGAACCCCGAGAAGGGUUCGGUUGGGAAUCAGGAUGGGUGCCAAGGAGAGGCUUGAGAAUCUGAAGCUUUCGCGUAGAUCAUCUUCUGAUCUCUCGGUAAUAAAGGAGGUUGCUGAAGAAGAGAAAGAAGUGGUGACUAGUGUGAAGUUGAAGUUACCAAAGUGGAAAGUGGAGAAACUGUGGAAAGAGAGUGAGAGUGUCUCUGAUUUCUACAACAAGAUCACAGCACUUUGUCUCCUCAACGUUUCAAGUGGUUUGUUUCAUCAGAAACAACACUUGCUUCGUAAUGGAGGAAGAAGCGUUCAGAUUGGAGACAAAGAAGCUGUCAAUUAUUUUUAAGUUGUGUUGUAUUCUUGUUGAAGACCAAAAGAGAAACAAACACUGUUCCGUAUCUCAAGCCACGUUUCUUGCAUCUUUUAAUCACGAAAAUUGCAACUAGGAAACAGAUGUGCUCCAACUUGUGUAACACAACUUUUAGUAUGUUCUUAAAAUGAACAAUUUAUCCUUUAUUAGAA